CUCCUUUCCGCGCUCGCCAGGCGAGGGGUCCAUACGGCGUUGUUCUCGAUUCCCGACGUAACUUAAGGGAAAUUUCACAAUGUCCGGAGCCCUCGAUGUCCUGCAAAUGAAGGAGGAGGAUGUCCUCAAAUUCCUUGCCGCGGGUACCCACUUAGGUGGCACUAAUCUGGACUUCCAGAUGGAACAGUACAUCUACAAAAGGAAAAGUGAUGGCAUCUACAUCAUCAAUUUGAAGAGAACCUGGGAGAAGCUUCUGCUGGCAGCUCGUGCCAUUGUUGCCAUUGAAAACCCAGCAGAUGUCAGUGUGAUCUCUUCCAGGAAUACUGGCCAGAGAGCUGUGCUGAAGUUUGCUGCUGCCACUGGAGCUACUCCGAUCGCUGGGCGCUUCACGCCUGGAACUUUCACUAACCAAAUCCAGGCAGCUUUCCGGGAGCCGAGACUUUUGGUGGUUACUGAUCCUAGGGCUGACCACCAGCCCCUCACAGAGGCAUCGUACGUUAAUUUGCCUACGAUUGCUCUGUGCAACACAGACUCUCCUCUGCGCUAUGUGGACAUUGCCAUCCCUUGCAACAACAAGGGAGCUCACUCCGUGGGUCUCAUGUGGUGGAUGCUGGCGCGGGAAGUUCUGCGAAUGCGAGGCACCAUCUCCCGGGAACACCCGUGGGAGGUCAUGCCUGAUCUCUACUUCUACAGAGAUCCUGAGGAGAUUGAAAAAGAAGAGCAGGCUGCUGCUGAGAAGGCUGUGACCAAGGAGGAAUUCCAGGGCGAAUGGACUGCCCCAGCUCCUGAAUUCACUGCUACUCAGCCUGAGGUUGCAGACUGGUCUGAAGGGGUGCAGGUGCCCUCCGUGCCGAUUCAGCAGUUCCCUACCGAAGAUUGGAGCGCUCAGCCCGCCACAGAAGAUUGGUCCGCAGCUCCUACUGCUCAGGCCACUGAAUGGGUCGGAACCACCACGGAAUGGUCUUAAGCUCAUCUGUCUAGACUGAAGUAGGAAUGGAAAUCAGAUUGAUGGAAAAUAAAUGAGUUUCUACAGAA